UUAUUAUUAUUAUUAUUCUAGACUGGAAGAAACAAAAUUUUUCACUUAUACGACGAUGUGACUUAAUAUGAUAAAUUGAUACAAGAUGAAAUCUAUAUUCAUCGGUUAUCGAUGUAUAUUAUAAUUGUAAAAAUAAUUUUUUUUAUCCGACUUGUUUUUUUUUUUCUUGUUGUUUUGCGUUUCUUUUUCUUCAAAUAAAAUUGUGAUCGAAAAUUGUUAAUCGAAAAAACAAAGAAACUAGGAAUAAAAAAAAAAAAAAAAAGAAAAAAUUAAGGAAAAAAAAGAAAAGAAAAAAUAACGAACAAUUUUAUAUAAGCGAGCAGUUUAUACGAUAUAUAAAACGAAUUUCAUAUGUAAAACGAACAACGUAUUCUGUAUUUUUUAUCUUAAAUUAUCAUGCAUUGUAUCUCGAAAAUAUUGUUAGUAAAGAAUCGUAAAAAGGAUUAUUGAUUCUCUUAUCAAAUUAUUUUUAAGUUAAAUAUCAAUUGAUUGUUACAAUUAAGAUUUCUCAUUGAUUUAUUUUUGCUCGUAAAAAUUUCGAUUGAUAAAACUUAUCUCAAUUACCGUUCUAUAUAUAUAUAUAUAUACAUGUAUACAUACAAUCUGUUGUUUAUAAACGUGUAUAUAUAAAUAAGCAUUAGCAAACUAUUAGAGAUUGAAAUAUUAGAAAAAAAAAAUGGAGGAAGAAGGAGAAGAAUAAACGACUUAAAAAAAAAAAAAAAAAAAAAAGAAAAAAAAAGAGAGAGAGCAAAAAAGAAGAUAAUAAUAAUAAUAAGAAAAAGUAAAUAGAUUUGGAUAAUUUUCUUUUUCUAUAUUUGUUUUAUAUAUUUAUGGUGACAUUAUGAAAUAGGAGAAAGUAUGUAAAAGAGAAAAAGAAAAAGAAGAAAAAGAAAACAAGAAAAAAAUCAUGAAGCAUUCUCAUUCGGUAAAGAGGAGGUGAUUCGUAUGCCUCUCUCAGCAAUCGCAUAUUCAAAGGCGAAAAUCACAUCGUGAAAAAUAGACAGAGAGAGAAAGAGGUACAGGCAGAGAGAAAGAGAUACAAAAAGAGAGAAGAGAACUGACGUAUUUGUAGUAAGCUUUAGACGCUUAUCGUGCGUAUACGUGUUCGUAUGUGUUUUAGUUAGUUGGUGUCAGUGACUCUUAAAUCUAAUAUAUUGCUCUCCUUCGUCUCAUUCGAGUCGCCGCAAUGAAGUCCUGAAGCAAUUUAACGUUGAACCAUUUUCGAAAGAGAAAGAGAAGAGAUAGAAGGAAAUAGACAUAUAUCCAUAUAUCUAUAUAUAUAUAUAUAUAUAUAUAUAUACACAUAUAUGUAUGUAUAUAUAUAUAUAUAUAUAUAUUUAUGUAUAUACACAUAUAUAUAUUUAUACGAAGGAACAUUGUGAACGUUUGGAAAUCAAAAACAUCGACCGUUUCUAUACAACAAAAUGCAGAGAUCCACGGAGCAGCUGACACGGUGCAGUACAACCUCGUUGGAAGAAGGAACGCCAAGUGAUAAGGUGGAUAACGUAGAGAAUAAACAAACGAUACCCAAGAUCAUGAGCGUUUGUAAGAAUACGAUACAUUGGACACUCCUGAUUGAUAUCCUGAUAGCAUUAACAGUGAUGGUGCUUAUGGGAUUAUUGGAAUUUGGAAAUAUUCCGCACAAUCAAAUUGGCUUUUUCUGCAAUGAUCCAAAACUUUCCUUUAAAUUUAGGGGAGAUACCAUAUCCGUUAUUGUCUUACUAAGUGUCACCGCUUUUCUGCCGAUUUUUGUGAUGUGGAUCACAGAAUACACAUGCCAAGCAAGAAAUAAUUACGAUAAAGAAACGGAAUCUAAUAAGUCAAGAUUAAAACAAGUUUGGAUUUGGUAUGGCCAUUAUACAAUAGGGACUGUCACACUCGCUGUUGGAUGUAACGUUAUGAAAAUUAUCAUUGGAGAACCGAGGCCACAUUUCUUUGACACAUGUCAACCUUUAGAAGCUCGAAAUUGCACCAAUGAAUAUAUCAAGUCGUAUACUUGCACGAAUUCGAUCGAUUCGAAUUGGUUCAUAACAGAUUCGAGUAAAUCCUUUCCAUCGUCUCACUCGGCUCUUUCUGUGUUCACAUCGAUUUUUAUUGCGAGUUAUCUGCAAGAACGUAUGACGAACAAAACGUUACUCGUUAAGCCAUGGCUUCAAUUAUUGAUAUCAAUGUGGGCAGUGAUAUGUUCCUUGAGUAGAAUAGCAGACAACAGACACCAUUGGUGGGACGUUUUGGCCGGUUUAUUUAUAGGAACGAUCACUGCCAUUCUAAUCUUGAUAUAUCAAUGUCGCUUGUUCCGUUUGGAUAGAAAAACAUCAUCGAAACGAGUUAAAAGUGAUUUCAUUGGUAACGAGCAAGUUGCUUGUUUCGAUGAAAAAAAUUAUCAAAGUAAGAAGAAAUUAGUGAAUAGUGCUAACAACGUCGACAUUCCCGAAGGCCGUGAAUUACGUGAUAUUACGGUAUCUUGGAAAGAAUGAUAAUAAUAAACGAAGGAGAACGAGAAUGUGUCAAAUUGUGUGUUAGAUACAAAUCGGGAGAAAAGUAGAACAUUGCAUUAUAUAUAUAAUUUUUUUUUUUCUUUUUUUUUUUCUUAUAAACCAUAUCAAAUUUUUAAAUAAUUUACUAAUUAAUUAAUCGUAAAUGAACUAUUCACAAUGAAAAAAGGGGAAUUUCUUUGAUGAUCCAACAGCAUUCUCAGAAUAAGAUAUCUUUAUCGAAAUGCAAUGCAAGUACCUUUUUAGUCAUAGAUUAUAUAUAUAUAUAUAUAUGGGUAUAGUUUUGGCUUCAUUUAUAACAUAUAAUACUUUAUGUGAACAACAUUUUUAAAUUGUAAAAUGAGCAAGUGCCGUUUAUAGUGCUGCGAUUAACAAAUAUUCUUUUUCUCUUUCCCUUUUUUUUUUUUUGUUUCAUAGAGAGACCAACAAUGUCGAUCGAGGAAAGUUAACAUCGAUUGAUCGUCAAUGGAUAUCCAUGUGAGUCGUGGUUAUUUUUUCUUUUUUUUUUUUUUUGCCCUUUUAGAAAUAACUAACUAAUCUAUCGUGUGCCGUCCCUUCCUGUAAGGAUGAUAAAUUUUCACGUUUUUAUAGUUGACCGAUAAGAUAUAUAUAUAUAUAUAUGUAUGUAUGUAUAUGUAUAUGUAUAUGUAUAUGUAUAUGUAUAUAUAUAUAUAAUACAUUGGAAAAACGUUCGUACGCCUCCGUCAGUCAUAUGUAAUAUAUCAUCUUUUAAUACACAUCGAUAAAGAGUAUUUUUCCAUAUAGAUUUUGUAGGGAUAUAUUUCUGUCGUUAACUGAUAAAUCGGUCAAUUGUGUAUAUUAUUUUUUUAUCCUAAAGUAUUCCAAUAUAUAGGUAUAUAGGUAUAUAGGUAAUAUGGUUGUAGAUAGAAAUAAUUUUUUGGAAUGCUUAACCUGAGAAAAGACAUAAGUAAAGACAGAAAACCCUACGUCGUAGGAUAUCAUUAUUAAAAUCAUUCGAAUAUAAAUUAUUAUAAUAGGUAAGAGUAUUUACUUGUGUAAAAUAACGAUAAAUACCUGUAAAAUAUUUAGAUGAUACAAUAGAUAAAUAUUUUGUUAUUGUUAUUGUUGUUGAUUGCUUGAUUAUGUUCCUUUUGAGUAUUAACUUAAACGAAAAUCUAUUAAAUAAAAAUGAUAUCAUUACUCGUUGAGUCACUUUUACUGAGUAAUAUUAAUUUAUCUGUAAUAUAAUAAAAGAAAUCAAUUAGAUUGAUAUGUGUGUAUUCAAAGAGAAAUAGAAAGAAAAAAAAAGAAAGAAAGAAAAAAAAAACGAAAAAAAAAGAAACGAAAAAAGAAGAAAAAAAAAAUAAUCAUUUAAAGUAACAUUCCAAUCGUGGAGCAGCUUUUACGUAUAUUUAACAUUUAUUCGUAUAUAUAUAUACAUAUAUACUAUUUCAAAGCAGAUUUUGCAUGCGAGAGUUUUAACAGAAACAAAAACAAAAAAAGAAAAAAAAAAGAAAAAAGCAAAAAGAAAUGAAAAAAGGAAAAACUAAAAAGAAAUCUAAUUUUUCUAUCAAUUUUAUGUCAUCACAAAGAUCUGAAAGAAUAAAUGAUGAAAUGUUUUCAAAAUAUCGUGUAUGUAUAUCCGAAGAUUUCGUAUAUAUAAUGCAUAUAUUCGUAUUGGAGUUAAAAUAUUAUAUUAUAGGACCAAUAAGAACGUAAUGAAUAUUAUGAAACACAGAUAUUAUAAUAAAAAAUGUAACAGCGCCGUCCUAAUAAUUAACUUUUUCGAUUGGUGCUUCUGCUAUAUUAUAUAGGUAAAAAAAAAAAAAAAGAAAAAAAACCCCCGAGAGAACACGUAACAUUAGAAAAAAGAUAAGAAAAAUAAAAGUACAGAAUCGUUAGACUGAUAUAUCGCACAAAUUGACUCUUCAGGGUAAAACAGAAGAAAAAAAACAGUCAAUUUUUAAUAUAUAUAUAUAUAUAUAUAUAUAUAUAUAUAUAUAUCAAAUCGUCGCCUUAAAUCACUUACGACAUUGUAAAAUUAUUAACAGGUUAAUUAUUCUGGAAGAAGGUAAAUCACCGUGUAGAUAUGCAGAUAUAUAUAUAUUUAUAUUAUUAUAAGCGUUAAUAAUUAUAAUUAAUGCGAGCGAACGCAAACAAAGAGUACUGUAAAUAAUCUAUUGCUCUGUGUAGAUAUUUGUCAGUUAUUGUUAAUUUGACAGUUUUGUUUUUAAAUAAAUAAAGAAAAAAAGAAAAGAGUUUGAAAAGUAA